AUGAAUGCUCCGAAGUGCGAGCCGCAUAAUCCUAAGGCGAACGAAUUUCCUCCUUGCCGAUCACUCUGUGAAAGAGCAAGAAAAGGAUGUGCCCAUCUAAUGCGUCAGUAUGGCUUCUCGUGGCCUGAGAGAUUCAGAUGCGAGAACUUUCCCCAAAAUUCGGGGCAAAACAAGACCUGUUUCUAUCCUAAUGGAACAGAAACGACCCAAGCGUCCACAACGCUGGCAGUGUCUCCAUCUGAUGAAAUCUAUAACAAAUGCGAAAUGAUCACGAUUUCUAUGUGUAAAAACACUGGAUAUAAUCUAACCUAUAUGCCAAACAUGUUCAGCCAUCACAAUCAAGCAGAAGCGGCUCUUGAAAUUCAUAAAUUCUGGUUGUUAGUUAAAGUGAAUUGCUCUCCAGACCUAAGAAAUUUUUUAUGCCACAUUUAUGUGCCCAAGUGCGAACCGCAUAUAAAGAACGAAUUACUUCCGUGUCGACGAUUAUGUAAAAAAGUAAGGAAAGACUGUGCCUCGUUCAUGCAUCAGCAUAGUCUUGAUUGGCCCAAGCAGAUGAACUGCGAGAACUUUCCAGAAUUCGGGGAUGACAAGACAUGUUUGGAUCUAAAAGCAAUGGGAAAAAAAAAGCAUAGAUCGUUUAUCGACUGGAGCUAUCGCUGGUAUUGUUAUUGCUGUAGUUGCUGUUAUCGCCAUGGUAGUUGUUACCGUCGUAAUAUUUCGUGCCAAGAAAAAAAGAAAACCAAACGCGUACCAGCAUGUUCUGCUCCCAAUGCCUACUUCUUUGCCCUACUCUGUGGUAUACAACCAGCAUCCGCUGUGAGAUGAGGCCCCUUUCUGUCCAGAAGCUACAAUGUAGCAUCUUUGUGCAGGCAACAAGCAUGUCACUGUGGCCGUGUUUUAACUUAAAAGUUGAAAUGGCGUGUCAUGAUCACUGGUGCUUGAAUACUGAGGCAGAAAACCCAGCCGGACUGUGUAAAUGUAAGAACGGACAAAAUUUGCGAAAGCUGAGAGAACAAUUAAGGCCAUAUUUGACAGUUUUUGUAAGGUCGAUGAAAAGUUUUUAAUUUUCAAUAGUAGUGUAAAGAGUUAAUUGAAUUUUAAUAUUGUUGUUGAUUUAUUCAUUUUGCAUUUGCUUUGCAAUCAAGAAGAAAACAGCCGAUUUCUAUUUAUAACUUCCUUGCUAACAACACUUUGUUCGUUCAACCCGAGAUUUUCUACACUGUUUAAAAAAGGAAAAAUAAUAAUGCAAAAAAGGAAACAGAAAAACAGAAGGCUUGUAUCAUUCUAUUAAUCAAAAAAUCCACAACGAUAACCUGACAGAAGGAAGAAUUAUUGUCGACGAAUAAUUAAACAUAAAAAUAAAUAUUUUGCCGUCUCGCCGCUGUGCUCACUCAGCCAGUUACAGAAAAAGAUACCGCCAAGCGAAUAUCAGUGAAUUGACCCCUCCAGUGAGUAAGCCCCCUAGAAGUUCGCUCCCACUUUUUGGAGUUCGUCUGAUAGUGAGUGCGCUUCGUAGUGAAUUAGCCCCCUACUUUCCUAGUAGUAAAAUAGUGUUUUAUAUUCGUGGAUAAGAACUUACCCUUAUAGAACUGUCGUUGAGAUCUAUCAUAUUUUACGUACGAAAACAAAUAAAAUCAUGAAGUGGUGGUUUAACUUUAAUCGUAAAAUCUAACCCUCGAAUAUCUAGUACCUGAAAUGAAACGGUUUUUCAUUUUAGAGAAGGCUGUUUCCAAUGAAAAAAGGGUAAGUUGCACUAGUACAGUUCUGGUAUUGCACGUGCGGUGCUGCCAUGCCAAAAUGAAAGUUCAAUACAAGAAACUGCACAAGUUUUUAUAUCAAGCUAAAGAAAAAGCCGUGUGUAAACUGACCUAAAAGUUCUCAAUAGAAACAACAACAUUCAUAUGUUCAGACAUGGAAAAUACAUACUAAGCAGAAAAUAUUUAAUAUCAGAGGACAUCGCAGCUGCCGGCCGUAUUCACACCAGAGACGGAUUAUCCGUCUGAGAUUGGUUAUGCGUUGGAUAAUUAGCGUCAGACAGAUGAUACGUCUCAAUAUGAAAAUGGAACGGUCUUGCUUUUAGAUGGACAAUCCGCCUGACUUUAUAUACAUGUUUUCCCGUCAAUUUUGAGGAAUUUUGAAGAUGGAUUAUCCGUAUCAGACGGAUAAUCUGUCUCUAGUGUGAAAACCGCCAUUAUAUCCCGUUUUAUAUCCUGUUCACCCUCAUCAGUUCUGACCAUGUUCUGCAUUCCCUUGUCAGGCUAGUUUGCAUUAAAACUUCAUCCGCUAUCUCAGCUGCCUGACUGGUAAAUUAUUUCGUCCCGGAAUCGCGUUUUUGUGCAGAUCAGUCCCAUUUACCGAAAAUCGGCCGCAAAGCCCUAAACUGGUAAAAAAGAUGGCUUUGAAGAAAUGGAACACGAAUUACCGUGUGGAAUAGUCCGUCCGGAAUUAAAAACAAGAUUACCUUCUCAGAUCUUCCGUUAGUUGCUCUGGGAAUUUUUCCGCUGGAACGACCCAAAAAGUCGUUUUCCAUUUAUUUUACAAUCAGAUUUUCCAGAAAAACAUGUUGCAAAUGGUAAACAACUCACAUAUUUACAGGAGUCACGAACUUCUGGUAACGAGUUUUUUUUAGUAAAUCUUGUAGCUGUUUUCUCAUUUCAGACCACGUGAGUACCCAAAGAACCGUUGUGGUUGUUGUUGUUGUUUUUUCAUGAAAUGUCGUCCCGUGCAUAUGUUUACAUAAUUUAUGAAAAGACAAAAGGAAUUCCCCUGGAGAACAUCACGUGGUCUGAAUUGAGAAAACAAAACAUACAAGCUAAAAAGGUCUAUUAUCUAACAAACAACAUACAAAAGAGUUUCCUUAUCACUAAAACGAUAGCAAGUGAACCAAUUAAAGAAUAAAGGUUUCGUGCGAAAGCUUCUAAGCGAGUUCUAGCCAUACCGAGUUGUGAACUAUAACCAUCGUUGAAACGUUUGAUGCUUUCAAAACAAUAAACUAAAUAAACACAAAAUGACUUUAGGAAGAGCUAUUGUCAAGGCCAAACGUCGAACUUUUCAUCAGACGAACCAAACUGGAAGGGCUGAGUUCAUCACGAAAUGUUCAGGAUGUCUGAUAAGUACGAUGAUUCAUUAGUUCGACGUCAAAGCCGACCAAAGCCGUUGCGUUCGAACUCACGAAAACAACUCAGGAGGUGCUGUUAGCCGAUUGGGCACAAUAAUACAAAGCAUUUUUUGUGCCCAAUCAGGAGCCAGCAUUCGCUUGACCGUUUGGAAAUGGUCCGGUGAGAGUCGGUACCCAGGGGCUUUUCCGCCCGUGCUUGAAAACUUUUUCUCCCCUUUUCUCCUUGUCUGACUGACUGCCCCUGGGUCUCCGAGGAUGGACUAUACCCUCAUUAAAUAUGAACAAUUGAUGCGCCAAGAAUGGACAAUGAAAGCGGCAGGAAAUAGAACGUGCAUAAUUAUGUUACGUUUCAGUGAUUUUAGCGGAGCUCCACGCGCGCGCGAAGCGCGCGCGUGGGCGGAGCCCCAUUGCUAAGUAAAUCUACCCAUCCCAGAAAAUUUGGUAAUCACGUGACCGUACACCGACCGCCCGCCGUCCGUCCGCACCACAGGAAAACCAAUGUUUACUCUCACACUUUUAGCUAGUUUGGGAGCCCAAGAGAAAACUAAUUGCACAGGCUGCACAUCAAUGUUGUGAUCAAUUGACAGCUAUCAAAACAGGGCAUCCGCUGACAAGCAUCACCUGGCCGUACCGCGGGCUUAAGUGUCGACCCAUCGAGGUCGAGUAUUUUUUAAAGUUAUCCGCUGACAAAUUACCAGUUUCAAAUGAUCGCAGGCUCAAGUUUAUUUUUUCCAAGGAUUCAUAUCAAAUAUGUUGUGUUUAUGUCACUAUGGCCCCGCACUAUUAGGAUUUUGAUUUCAAACUGACCUCGGAAGCGAAAAUUCAUCCAGUUUUUUUAAAAGUACAGGGGGGAAGACCUUAUCUUACCAUGGUCACGCGUUGGUCACGCUCUACGUCCAAUUUUUAUGCUCUGAUUGGUCAAAAUUUGACAGGUGAGUUUAUGCGGAAAAAUUAUGCAGCAUCUUGAAAGUAGUUUACUUUGACAGCUGAAGCUGACAGAGUUUUGUGUCAACUUGUGAUGUUUUUAACUGUCUUUUUCCUCUGGAGGUAAAAAUGAAAUACAGCUGCUAUCAAGAGUCUUCUGUUAUUCAUGGCUGGUUUGUUUACCGGGUUUUGGUUGAGAAAUGCGUCGCUUGUCAAAAUUCGGUAAUUCGAUUUCGGAUGGCAUCGUUUUCGUUUUUCACCUUGCUUAAUGCGUAAGAGGGUUUAAAAGUCUCAAGCAACUGUGGUUCCCUUGAUAGCUUUCAGGAACUGAAUCUCGAAUAGUAAGCCUAAGUAAUUAUUGUAUUUGAUGUUUGUGUUUCAUGAAGUCUUGCACUGUUCACGCUGACAGUUUAUGCGUUAAGUUUAUGAACGUUUGCAGGAUUUGAGUCAAUGAUCUGACCUAGUACCAGGUUUCAUAUAAGCUUACAGAACUUUAAAAAGCCUUCAGAUAUCUUUGCUCACCACAAAUAGAAAGAAAACGUUCCGAAGGAUAUUUAGUUAUAAAUUUGGCUGUAGAAAGAAAACUUUAAGCGAUUUUCUUGCUUCGAGGAGUUCACCUUCGAAAACAGUAAACACCGCGCUGGGAAACCGGCUAAAACAUAAACUUAAGCUUUACGCUGAAAGACUCAGGAUUUUUAGAGACACUUUAAAGGGAACCUCCACUCUUACUACAGAAUAAGUUUAAAUCGAAUAAAAUUAUGUUGAUAAACAAAUUUGUUCGAAAUUUGUCUGAAAAAAAGUGUUUAUAUCAGGAAAAGUGAAUUUUAAAAUCGCUUAUUUUCACUUUCAAAUUUCGCGGGCGCCGCCAUCUUGACUAAUUGUGACGUGUAAUGGUUGCUCUGUUGUUCUGACACAAAGAGCUUUUGUUUAAUAACAAUAGGGCAACCAUUACACGUCACAAUUAUUCAAGAUGGUGACGCCCGCAAAAUUUGAAAACAAAAAUAGGCGAAUCUAAAAGUUAUUUCUUUCGGAUACAAACGCUUUCUUUAAAAAUAUUUUAGAUUGACUUGACUGUAACAUUUAUUUCCUGUGAUUUAAAGUUAUCUUUUUGUUGAAGUGGAGGUUCCCUUUAAUACUUGUCUUCAUGAAUGAAAAUUCUUGUCUCUGUAAAUGUUUCACGGAAUUAUAUCUCUCUUUUUGAUUGUUAGUAGUCUCUCUUGCAAUUUUAAUCGCUUGUCCGUGCCGUUUGUUUUCAUCGUUCAUGACCAUCGCUUGCAGGAGUACUCAAAAAUGUCGCGCGUAUCAAACGCUUUAUAAGAUUACACAUCGUUAUAACGGAAACCAUUAAAUAACAAAACAAAUAAUAAUAAAUUCGCUAUUAUGUUGAAGCGUAACUCUGUUAAAGUUCAUUCAAACACUCGACCACACUGACAGCUCGCACUAUAGAAACGAGAACCAGCUGGCUGUAUGGGUGAUUUUGGAAAUUUUCUGAAAUUUUUGAACGGUUUGGCUCGUCCUGAAUAUUGACUGAGUGCAAUUUGUCUUGAAAAAUUGUGAAAUACCGCAUUCUGUCCGAGCUCUGUAUGAUAAAUAGUACUGUUUCACCUCAAAUAUGGUGUAUAAAAAUUAUAAAAGGUUGGUUUAAACACCCCCAGAUUUGUUGGCAAGAAUUUGUAAAGUAAACUCGUCGAACGCAAAAAAAUUUGGCGUGAUUUGUUUUCCAAGAAUUUGUUUUCGAGGCCUAAUCUACUGUGAUCUUGAAUGCGAUCGAAGAUGUUUGCUAUUUUUUGGGUGUACAUAUAAGGUUAUCAAUUCGAUGUAAGAUGUUUCACUCUAAAAUAACUUAGCCUUUCCCUCAAAAGUCACAUGAAUGUGCCCUUAAGUUGAAUGAUUUGUGGAUUAAAAGUUUGUUGUUUGAUUUAAAUUAUAAAUUUAUUACAAUUGGAGCUUCGCUUUUAGCCCUGGCUAAAUCUAUAUAUUAAGUCACAGAUGGCUUCAUACCCAAAUAGAACAUGACUCAUAUUAAUAAAGAAUGGCAUCAUACCCAAGAAAUGAUACUUAACAAUUAUUCCUCGAGACCGAAUGGGCUCUGAGUCAAUAGCCCAUUCGGCCUUCGGCCUCAUGGGCUAUUGACUCAGAGGCCAUGAGGGCUCGAGGAAUAAUUGUUUUAGUAAAAUCCAACUAGUUGGUAAAAAAUAUCGAGAAUAAAGAAAAUCUAGCUACUUAAAGCUAGACUUUCAUCCUUUUUUGCCGCCAAAAAGAGCGCGCUUUUCGCUAGUAGUAUAUAGCCUGGUAGUAGCUCAACCAAUCUGAACGCAACAUUGAUAAUAGACCACUAGUUGGAUUUUACUAAAACCCAUUAUUAUGACAUAAUCCAUCCAAAAAUAAUUAAAAACCUGACAAACUGGUUAAACCACCUAAAAGAGCACAUGACCUUCUCGUAAUGAUAUUCCUGUGCAUUUUAUACAUGAGUAAAGACAAAACACUAUGACAUCAUCAGCAAUAAUAUAUUCCUCCUCAAAUUUAUGAGAUUCCACCUCAAAAAAAGGAGUAACCAAUCUCUAUACCACUACUCAUUGGGUAGUAUCCAUAACUAUGGCCUUCUUAUCCAGCUCGAUAAAAAAAAUGAAUAAAAAAAAAUGAAUAAAUAGAAAUAAAUAAAAACAAAACACUGAAGCACUUCACAUGCAGCGCGGGCAGCACUAGGUAUUAGUCGAGUUACUGAUCUACUAAAUUGAGGAGGGGCAUCGUCGCGAUUCGAAAACCAAGAAGUUUCUUUUGCUUAACCCUUGCUUCCUUUUUGGAUCGUUUUUCGCCCAGUUAGCUUGGGAAUUUUCAACACUUACGGUACAUUGUUCUGAUAAUUGGACGUUAUUUACCAUCCUUUUUUGUUUUUCGCGCAUGCCCACAAGCCAAACUUUAUUUGUGUAGUCAGUUUAAUUUGUUCCCCACUUUUGCGUCUCUAUUUAGCACGGACUUUUAGCUGGCUUUCUUUCCAAGAAAGGGACAAAUUUAAUGUGCAGAGCAAUCGAUGAAUAGCAAAAUUGGCAAUGGAUUUUCCCCUAGUGUUGCUUUUUUUUUGUCUGUAACUCUGUCUGGUUUGGUCCAAAGCUAAGCGAGAUACCAGCGGAAAGAUCUAUCCUCGCUGAUUCUGCCACUUACUAUCUUAGUAGUUUAAACUGAAAGCUAAAUGGGUCAGGAAAGAUGAUAUGCAUGGGUCCAGUACAUGUCCAGGGGGUACUUCCUUAUAAGAGGCUAAUGGGGAUGUGCUGCUGGAUGGGGUCGCAUUUCACGACUGGACUGACUAUAAUGGGGUUGCACAUUUUCGGAUUUUUUUGGGUAAGAUAGUUCUUCAUGUUUAUGGUUAACAAACGUACCAGAAUGUUUCUGCUGCAGAUGAAAAGUUAUAAGAGUUCUCCAUUCAAUCUAAAAAAUAAGUCAAUUCAUAAAAAUAGAAAGUGACUAAGAUGGGGUCUAUAAUUGACCACAGAAUAUAAUAUAAUGGGGUAGGGGCUCUGAGAGGCCAGCGGCACCUACCCAGCAAACAUUAACCCAAGUACCCCUCCCCGGGAGUACAUGGGCCCACAAAAGCCGUCAAAGAGUUAAAAGCAGGGUUAAUCUAAUUGUCCUAUUUGAAAAACCAUUCAUAAAUGAGUGGAAAUUCAGAAUUUUUUUGUCUUAACAACAUAAUUAUAUAAAUCGUUUUUCAGUCACAGUAAGAUUGACCCUUGAGGUACUCCUGAAUGCAAAGAAAAGUGUACUAGAUUCAACGCCGUUAACUACCUUUCGCUUCUUUUUAUUUACGUUGGACCUAAACCACUGAUUUUCGAUGUCUCCUAUGCCUUAUAGUUCACAUUUUGAUAGAAAAAUAGAAUGACUGACCGUCUGAAAUUUUUACCGUGCAUCCUCUAUUUAGCCCCCGCUCAAAUACGUCACAAGUUAAAUAAACCCCCCUUUUCAGGAAAAGAAAGCCAUUAAGCCCCCAUCCUCUCUUUUCACUCCUCAACCACCUCCUCUCCACCCCCCCCCCCUUAUUCCUAAUUGAUAGACUAUAUUAAUCAAAGACGAUUGUAACACUUUAUGUGGAUUGACCCAGUAUAGUUAUUCUCGUGCUGGAAGUUUGGAUUUUCUAACGGUUGCAUGACCUCCGGAUGCUCCAGCGUUCUUGUUGUUUAUCGAGAAAUGAUACCGUCAUUUUCGUUAAAAUAAAUAAGCCCCCUUGUCAAAUAAGUCUUCUCCGCAUUCUCAGGAAGGGAUUGCCAGUACGAAAACUUAGAGCGGAACAAAAACCCUCGAAACUUAAGAAAACGAAAUUUUGACUUUCGCUUACCAAUACCACAUGACGUUACACUUUGGGGUUGAACAAUACUUUAAUGUCUCGAAUUUGAUAGCAAAACACUGUCUUGCGCGCUUAUUGAUGUUUCCAUGCAUCUGUCAAUAUCAAUAAUAGAUUUGAAAAGAGCAAUCUGAGAGCGCAGUAUCAGUAAUGGCAGAGCAAGUAAUGGCAGGGUCAUGUCGCGUUGUGUUGACACUUUGGCUGUCUUUAACCGCGCUCUUCUCCGUCCAUGGCAAAAUGAAAACAUGCCAAAAGAUAAAAAUUCCCAUGUGCAAAAACAUUGGCUACAAUUUAACUUACACACCAAACAUGUUUAACCACGACAAGCAGGAGGAAGCAGCGCUUGAAGUUCAUCAAUUUUGGCCCCUCGUAGAAAUAAAGUGUUCACCAGACUUAAAAUUCUUUCUAUGCUUGAUGUAUGCUCCGAAGUGCGAGUCGCAUAAAGUCACGACGACCGAAUUCCCUCCGUGCCGAUCACUCUGUGAAAGAGCAAGAAAAGGAUGUGCCCAUCUAAUGCGUCAGUAUGGCUUCUCGUGGCCUGAGAGAUUCAGAUGCGAGAACUUUCCCCAAAAUUCGGGGCAAAACAAGACCUGUUUCUAUCCUAACGGAACAGAAACGACCCAAGCGUCCACAACGCUGGCAGUGUCUCCAUCUGAUAAAAUAUCUAACAAAUUGAGAAGGAAAUGCGAAAUUAUUAAGAUUUCUAUGUGUAAAAACAUAGGAUAUAAUUUAACCUAUAUGCCAAACAUGUUCAGCCAUCACAAUCAAGCAGAAACAGCUCUUGAAACUCAUAAAUUCUGGUUGUUAGUGAAAGUGAAUUGCUCUCCAGACCUGAGAAAUUUUUUAUGCCACAUUUAUGUGCCCAAGUGCGAACCGCAUAUAAAGAACGAAUUACUUCCGUGUCGACGAUUAUGUAAAAAAGUAAGGAAAGACUGUGCCUCGUUCAUGCAUCAGCAUAAUCUUGACUGGCCCAAGCAGAUGAACUGCGAGAACUUUCCAGAAUUCGGGGAUGACAAGACAUGUUUGGAU